UUGUUUUUGUUUAUGUUGUAGUUGUUUAUGUAGUUUAUGUUUAUAUGUUGUUGUCUCUCAUCAGACCGGGAGUCAGGACGCCUUCACCAGGAGGAGGGACGAUCAGCAGACAGACGGCUUUCUUCUCACAUCAGGCCAGCCCUCCCAGGUCAGAGCAGUGAGGGACAGCAUUACUGUGUGGAUGAGAACACUGAGAGGAGGAAUCACUAUCUGGACCUAGCUGGUAUAGAGAACUACACCUCCAGGUUUGAAGGAUCCACCCCUCCCCCGCCCCCCCAGGAGACACAUGUGCGGGCCUCCCAGUCUCAGAACCGCUCCCGUUCCCAGGAGCCCGAGGCCCACGCCGCCCACGCCCACCAGCGCCGCUCGCAGGUCAUCAGUGAGAACUACACCCCUCUAGAAGCCCGGGGUCGGGGCGCGUCACACUUCCUGAAGUCCCCCAGAGGAACAUCUAAAGGAUCCGGCGUCGGAGGGACCAAUGGGGGACUUGAAAGGGCCAAGUCCAGUAAAUACCACGCUGGGGGGCAUUACCCUCCUCAGCCUCCUCCUCUCCAGACCCUGCUGCAUACAGGGACCUCCUCAUCUGGGGGUCACGGAGGUCAGGAUGUGUACCACCUCCCCUCCUCCAGCCAUCACCAGCACCCUCUGCAGCACAGCCACAGCAAACGGCUCCGGGCCAAAGCCAGGGAGGGUCAGGGCCUGUCCCCGUCCAAAACGCCCCUGUCACCUCACUCCAAUCCCCAGCAUCAGCAUCAGGCUCCCCCUCCUCCUUGUCUGGAGAGGGAGAAGGAGAGGGAGCAGGGGUCUGGGCUGCCCGGCAGCCCUGGGUCCUUUGUGUUGCCUCUGGUGCAGCGUCACGAGCACCGACACCACCACGAACACCACCAUCACCACCACUACCACCACCACCACCAGACAUGACCCAAUAGGACGCCAGUAACAGUCAGAGACUGAGAGACCUUUAAAGGACCGACUGACCACACCCGUCUGUCUGAAGAAGGACUCAACCUCCUCACCCAAUGGGAAUGUCUCCUCUUCUGUCCUGAGGCUGCCCAAUCUGAGAUGGCACCCUAUUCCCUAUAUAGUGCACCACUUUUGACCAGAGCCCUAUUGGUUAGCCCUAACUCUAACCCUGUAGACGUUUGCCAAAUGUAGUGCACUAUAUAACAAGGUGCCAUUCAGACAGCCCAGGAUCUGAACCCUCCUCCAUUUAGUGCCAGGCAGGCUGCCAGAGCCAGACAGUUUCCCUGAGAUAUCCUGGGAUCAGACACACUGAUGGAAACUGGAGUGUGUCUGACUGCUGUGGUUAUUCCAUUGUAAAGGGUUGCUGAAGACGUUUUCUAUGGCACAGUUCUGAAUCUGAAUCAAAUGAGUUUAAACGUCCUGCUGGACCAAGCUACUCCUCUCUACGCGUGGACCUUCACAAAGGGAGAACAGAUACAGUACAGCUCUAUGUGGACAGAGGUCAGAGGUCAUCAAAAGUGACAUCAUUUCCUCCUUGGUGUUGACCCAUAGAUUUUCUUGUCCCCAGAAGCUAGGUACUGUCUCCUUCGUCCCAAAUGACACACUAUUCGUUUUAUAGUAUACAACCUUUGACCAGGGCUCAUAGGACUCUAGUCCAAAGUAGUGCACUAUUUAGGGAAUAGCGUGACAUUUGGGACACUGCCUCUCCGUGUGUCUUGUGUGUAUGAGAGCUUUCCUCCCAACGGUGUAUCUCAGGUGUUAGGUGCUGCUCCUUAGCUGUUCUCUCUACUACUUCCUCAUUGGAACCGGAACCCUGCUGUUGGGGUUCCAGAACCAGAGGAACAAUAUCAAAUCACCACUGGCAGUUUUAAUGCAAGAAAUAUCUAGCUAUGUAAGCAUUCACAUCUAUAUAUGUAUACACGUUUUACUGUAAUAAAACUGUAUUUAUAUGCAUGUGAUUUCAUCAUGAAUUAUAAUGAUGCAUAUAUGUAUUUUGUCCUAGAUGUAUUUUAAUAAACAUUAUAUAUACUGUA